AACCUAGACGCUGCAUUGAGGUGGUGGCCCGUUGCUGGGAUACGUCAGAGUGUCCACCAUAUUGGAUGUGGCAAAUCUUCCCCGUAAACCAAUGCAAGUAAAUGGACUGAACUUCAUAAAGCCCCUUUCUACAAUAAUAUUUAACUCAAUGCCUUUUAUUCACCCAUUAAAGGAUAUGGGACAUGGAUUUUUUUCUGGGUAUAAUUAUGUAUAAAGGACAUAAGAAAUGCCAUCUAAAUCACUGCAGGGCGUCAAAAAUGUGAAAAUCAUCACAUUAUUCAAGUUUUUUUAUACAUCAGCGUAAAACAAGGAUUCGUUAAUGAGCUAGGUGGUCACGUGACCCGUGACGUAACAAAAACUUUCCAAGGAGCCAGCGCUUGGGAAUCUAAUGUAAACAGGUUACCGAAAUGGACACCAUCGACAGUGACAUUCCCGAUGUUUCACAGAGAUGUGAAGUUAGACCCUAUCGAUUCGAACCGAUAGCUGGAAAUUCACAUGAACAUGGAUCUUAUCUUUACUCUGACGGGUCAGAUGAUUCUGAGAGUGAGAGUUCAUUCAAUCCCCAUGAAACUGAAAGCGGUCGGCUCGAUAACACUUCCUGUGAUCGAACAGCUCACUGAUGCAUGAUGGACCCUGUGGGCCUGUGUAUGCGCACACACCCAUGUGGAGAGAAGGAUACAGAUACAGCCAACCCCAAAGCCUUUCGUACCGGACUGCGAAGAGCACUGUAUAUGUUCGCUGUUCCUCGAGUGCAUGCAGCUGAUAUUCCUGAUCCACAGGCCGGGCUUCAGUCUUUACCAAAACAUGUGGGCAAACCAGAGUUCCCAGACACAGGAUGGGACCGCAUUAAAGACCUAUUCAACCAAGGAGACCGACAGAUGUAUUCGGAAGAGGUGAGGAAUGUGGGUAAGAGUGCUCUGACAGCAGCCUUGGUGGGACUGCUUUAUGGAGGCCUGCCUGGAGCCCGACAUGCCCGCGAGAGAUUCAUCCAGCUGAGCCAGGCUGAGAUCUAUCGCAGCAGAGUGGAGGCAGUGCGUUCGGCUCACAACGCAGCCAUCCGAGGCUUUGUGAGAUACGGUUGGAGGUGGAGCUGGAGAGUCGCCGCCUUUGUUACACUUUUUAACACGGUCAGUACAGGCAUUUCUGUGUACAGAGACAGUAACGCCUUGAGUCACUUCGCUGUGGCGGGGGCUGUGACCGGAGGUGUGUUCCGGAUGAAUCUGGGCCUCAGGGGAUUGGUGGCAGGAUCAGCUAUUGGAGCUGCAUUGGGUGUGCCUGCUGGGGCGUUAAUUGUUGGGCUACAGAAGCUGGGAGGAGAGACCAUGCGUGAAAAGCGACGACGGGAACGAAGAGAACUGUACGAGCUCAGGGUGGCUGAAUGGAAUGCACGUCUCCAACUUACUGAUGAGAUAACUGGUGAAUUUAGUGGCCAAGACACAGAAGGUGACCUUCAACGGAUCAAAGAGCUCCUUAGUCAACCACGGAAUGAAGACUCGACAGAGGAGUCCUAACAGAUUUAUUUAUACUGACUGACUGACUGAAUGAAUUUAUAGAAUAUAACAUAUUGUUAUGCUCACGAAUGAAGAGCACUGGCUCAUCAGAUGGGAGAUUUAUUUACAGGAUUCAAGCCUGAAGCUAAACCAGUUGUUCACAGACAAACAACAAACCACGAUGCACGUCAUGUCCUGAAUAAUUUGUCAUUUUCACAGCAGGUACAGUUCAUUUCUGCUCUCCUGUGUGCAGAUCUACACUGUUCAGACUGUUGCUCUGUAAACCAACUGAAUCUUUGUCCUCAUCAUUGUGAAAUAUAUAACUACGUGUCUAUCA